CUCUGCUUUAUCCCCAUUUCACCUUCUUCCCCCCCACUGCCGCUCUACUUCCUUCUUCGAAACCGUUUAUGCCUUCUUCACACCACCAUGCAAUCCGUCAGCUACACACAACCCUUUCAUCCCUACGCGUCGCCGACGAACGUCCACUACGACUUGCCUUAUUCGCCCACCAGCACUGACAGCUCGAGCAUGCCAGCGUCAUUUGCCAAUAUCCCCACAAAACUGUCUGACAACACAGCUAAUACCAUUAUUCGACCGUCAUCAGACCGCGAAUGCGUGUUAUUUCCCACUUACGCCAUGCGGAACCCAUACGGUAAUAGAUCAUCAGCAUCAUCAUCUCUCUCUAUUUUUUUCAUGGCCUCUCACGCAUCACUCCUCUCCCCAUGACCCUCGUGUUAUUUUAUAUAUUACUACUAGAUCCUUCUGAAUGGAUAGUCCAAACUAAAGGCUGGGCUUUGUCGCAUAACAUUUCUGUUGCCAAGCAAAAAGUUGCUAUGGGUGUUACGAAGAACUUUGCUGGGAAAGGUUCAGCUGAUCGGCCGUCUUCGGAUCGGUUUGAGCAACGCUUCAAAUACUUUCUGGCGAAAAACAAACGUAACAAACAAUUCGUCAUAGAAGCCAGCGGUGCAAUUUCAGUAGAAGAACGAUUACAUGAUAUGAACAACGACCCCAUCAACGACGACGAAUACUUUGUUUCCGAGAUUGACGACGACAGUGACGACCUUACCGCAGACAUGAAUGCAGCCGCAGCUAUCGAAUCAUUUUUCACGCCAUCAUCAUUCAACAACAGCUGCAACACUCGCCGAAGUUCGGCAGAGUCCAAUGACUCAGGUUUCCAAUCCUCACCUGCUGACGACGAUAACGAAAUAAAGCUCGUUGACGACUUUUACUAUGAGCAAGUUCCGCCUCCGAUGAUUGAUUCCUUAUUGGCUGCUCGUCCGGGUAAUCCUCUCUCCACUGUCUUGGAUGGCGGUCGCAAGUCCUACUCCGCAUCCACCGCUUCGUUCCGCUCUUCCGGUAGCAAUGGUUCCCUGGACGACUUUGACAACAAUCAGUUUACGAUCGGUUCUCUCGAGUCGUCAUCCUCAUCAUCGUCCGAAGAGGACAAUAUCAGCAAAGUUCGCUCAGCCUCUGAAUUAUCACAACUAUCCUCAUCAAAAACAGAAUAUAAGGUUAAUGUUACGACAGAAAGCUCAGGAUUUCUGAAUGGUGAAAUCGUCAUUCCAGACAGUCGAAUACAAUCAUGGGCCAAAGAGCACGAUCAAUGUACUACUCGUACUAUUCGAUUAAAGUCCUCGAGCGAGACAUUCAAGCCAAGCUUUGGGCUUGUCAGCUUAGUAGAGCCCAAGGGCAUAUCCAUCAUUUCCGAUAUUGACGACACCAUCAAGGACACACAAAUUUUGGCGGGUGCUCGAACCGUGCUCUCGAAUACCUUUUUCAAACAAUCACGCGAUGUACCAGGGAUGGCGGAUGCAUACAUGCAUUGGUAUACCCAAGGUGCAUCAUUCCAUUAUGUUUCAAAUAGUCCGUUCCAAUUGAUGCCCAUGCUGGACCGGUUCAUCAAAUCGUGCGACUUCCCACCUGGAAGUAUGCAUCUCCGUGUGGACGGCAAGCUGCUCGCUCGUCUAGUGGAAGUCCCUGGCCGUGCAAAGCGCGAUGCCAUCCUUCAGAUUAUGAAAGAUUUUCCCCAACGACAGUUUGUUCUUAUUGGUGAUUCUGGCGAAAUCGAUUUGGAAAUAUACGCUACCAUUGCCCGCGAACAACCAGAUCGUAUUCUCAAGAUAUUUAUUCGAGAUGUUUCCUCGAAAAAAGUCGAAGGUUCUUUGGCACGUCGCAACACCUUUACGGCCAUGUUCACACCUGGCAACAAGCAAAAGCAGCAGCAGCAGCAAGGACAACGACCCCCCAAUAGCGUCAACAGCAAUGAUGUAACAAGCAGGCGAGCAGCCACUUUGGGCGAUAUGGUGUCUGUUUCCUCAGUUUCUCUGCAGUCGAGAGUUGCUAGAGCCAAGCAAACCUGCAGUGUCGAUAUCGUUGUUUUCCAAGACGCCGAGGUGCUCAAAAACGAUUCCGUAAUUCGCGAUGCACUAUGGAAGUCACUAGACGAGCAGCCUUCUUCCAUGUGAAUGUAUGACGAGGCGAAGCGCACCAACCUAUUACUAUUUUCUAUCUCUACUUGGUUUCCACUACUAUUCUUAUCCUUACUAUGUACUUACUACCACCAUCAUUAUUGCAUAUUACCAAUGACAUACCAAUCUUUUUUUUUGCAUCAUCUUGUACAAACUUUUUUUAAUACCCCACAUCCCACAUAUCCUCAUGCUCAAACGAACUGUCCUUUCCAUCCGCAAAAGAGCUUCUAUCGUUCAUCUACCUACUAUCAAUUUAUUGCAUGUAAUAUUCCUUACACUCGUUUGCAGCAACUCUCUUGAUUUUUUGUAAAUGCAAUCUUCUUAAAUCGACAUAGAAUGUGCCAACUACUAGUCCAAACUCUGUAAAUAAUAAAAUAAAUAUAACCAAAUAU